GCGAGUGGUCUCCAUGGAAACACUGGAGAAAGACGGGGAGGCGGUUACCUAGCAACCGAGAGAUGCGGAGAGCAACCACCUAGCGGUCGGAAAGUGCAUUUUUCAGAGCUCUAGGAAUCCGAGCUGAAGGAUCCCUGACAGGGGCGACCGACUCCUAGUUGUCCCCCUAACCCCUAGGGGCCUUCAGCCCCAACCCCAUCAUGACAUCUCUCCUGUGCAGGGCGGUCUCCGCCAACGCCCUGCCUCCUCAGGACCAGGCUUCGACGCCGUCUUCCAAGGUCAAGGGCAGGGAGGCUUCGGGCAAACCCAGCCACCUCCGAGGCAAGGGCGCAGCGCAGGCCUGGCCCCCCGGCCGUUCCAAGGGAGGAUCCUUCCACAGAGGUGCAGGGAAGCCCUCUGCGCACUCUCAGGUGGCUGAGUUACAUAAAAAGAUACAACUGUUAGAGGGUGACCGGAAGGCUUUUUUUGAGAGCUCUCAGUGGAACAUCAAGAAGAACCAGGAGACCAUCAGUCAGCUCCGCGAGGAGACUAAGGCACUGGAACUAAAGCUGCUGGACCUGCUCAAGGGAGAUGAGAAAGUGGUCCAGGCAGUGAUUCACGAAUGGAAAUGGGAGAAGCCAUAUCUGAAGAAUAGGACAGUCCAGCAGGCCCUGGAGCACCUAGACCACCGGCUGAGGGAGAAGGUGAAGCAGCAGAACGCCCUGCGGCACCAGGUGGUGUUGCGGCAGAGGCGGCUGGAGGAGCUCCAGCUGCAGCACAGCCUGCGCCUUCUGGAGAUGGCAGAGGCGCAAAACAGACACACGGAGGUGGCCAAGACCAUGCGGAACCUGGAGAACCGCCUGGAGAAGGCCCGGAUGAAGGCACAGGAGGCCGAGCACAUUACCAGCGUGUAUCUGCAGCUCAAGGCCUAUCUAAUGGACGAGAGCCUCAACUUGGAGAACCGGCUGGACUCCAUGGAGGCUGAGGUGGUGAGGACCAAACAUGAGCUGGAGGCACUGCACGUGGUGAACCAAGAGGCCCUCAAUGCCCGGGACAUUGCCAAGAACCAGCUGCAGUAUCUGGAGGAGACCUUGGUUCGAGAGCGCAAGAAGCGGGAACGCUACAUAAGUGAGUGCAAGAAGCGCGCCGAGGAGAAGAAACUGGAGAACGAGCGCAUGGAGCGCAAGACCCACCGGGAGCACCUGCUGCUACAGUCUGACGAUACCAUCCAGGACAGCCUACAUGCCAAGGAGGAGGAGCUGCGGCAGCGCUGGAGCAUGUACCAGAUGGAGGUGAUCUUUGGCAAGGUCAAGGACGCCACUGGCACUGCCGAGACGCACUCGUUGGUGCAGCGGUUCCUGGCCCAGGGCGACACCUUCGCGCAGUUGGAGACGCUUAAGAACGAGAACGAGCAGACGUUGGUGAGGCUGAAGCAGGAGAAGCAACAACUGCAGCGGGAGCUGGAAGACCUCAAGUACUCCGGGGAGGCCACGCUGGUGAGCCAGCAGAAACUGCAAGCCGAGGCGCAGGAGCGUCUCAAGAAGGAGGAGCGGCGGCACGCCGAGGCCCAGGACCAGCUGGAGCGCGCCUUGCGGGCGAUGCAAGUGGCCAAGGACAGCCUGGAGCACCUGGCCAGCAAGCUGAUCCACAUCACUGUGGUAGGCCCAGCCCGGGGGAAGCCCCGCCAGGCCCUCCUGGGACCGAAGAGGCGCAGCCACGAAGCGGGGGUUCCUGCCACACCCGCCUGCCCUAGGGAACGUGGCCUGCCACAUCCUCCGUCCCGGACGUCAGAGGCCCCGCCCACAGGGGAAGCCCCAACCCAUUCCUCAGAGUCCCCGCCCCACCUCCCUGGGGAAGCCCUCACUCCCCAAGGAAGCCCAAGACUUCAGAGACCCUGUCCCGUCUCAAGCCCCGCCUCCAAGGGAAAGAAGUCCCACCCUGUCCCCGAAAACCUCGGAGACCUAUCUGCAAUUCUGGAGCAGCCCGAGACAGAAGCCCUAUCCUGCCCGCAGCAGAGGCCCAUUUCUUCAGGAGGCCAUUCCACAAUGGCCUCCCUCGAAUCCUUACUGUUCCCAAGAGGCCUCCCCGAAACUUUUUCAUAUAGAGUUAGAGUUCAGAGGCUCCCCUAUCACAGACGUGGCCUUGACCUAAGUCCCCGCCCCCAAUGGCUAGGCUCGCCCCUGUAGGUGGGUCCUUACCUCCUAUGCCCCGCCCCCGAGAGAAAAACCCCACCCCUGGGUGGAGCCUUCCAAGAGGCCCCACCCCUCUCGGCUGACCCGGCUGUACCCUGGCCGCAGGAGGACGGCCGCUUCGCGGGAAAGGAGCUGGAUCCCCAGGCAGAUAACUAUCUGCCAAACCUGCUGGGCCUCGUGGAGGAAAAGCUGCUGAAAC